CAAGAAUUCUAUUGUUUCACAUUGCAUCGAAGUGGGAGCUAAUAUUAAAAUUUGUGAUUACAUUCUAAAAUAUCAAGAUCAUGACUUGACAGUUAAUUUUAAUGUCAAUAGCUUAAAUACAUAAGCUGUCCUAUAAUUACAAAACUAGAUAAUGUUACAUUAUCUAAUCUAUUAAUUUACACACACUAUAUGACACUUGGUGGCAUUGGCAAAAUCCCUUUAGGUCAACAUAGACUCCAGCUAGUGUCAAACAGUUGCAAGAUUUCAUCUUUCUCCACCUUCCCUUUCUUGUUUCUAUGGACACUAUCUUGAUCACUGGGUACAUGUAGUCCUCUCUUGUCUUCUUCUUCUUCAUAGCUCAUGGUUUUAAGAUAAUUGUCCAGAGGAACGAUUCCAUGUUUCUUUACUUUAGCAUUAUUAAAGACUUCACUGUCUCCAUCUUUCACCCCUUUAGUUAGAACUUCCUUGUAGCUGCACUUUCCUGAUCCAUUCAUACUAGACAUAUCUGUACAAUCCAUUUUAGUACUGUCCGACGGGGAUGAACUCUCUGGACUUGAUACCAUUACCGGUCCCCGUUUGCCUUUUGUGCAUUGAAGAGCGGGAAAUGGUGAAUCAUGUGUUUGGAAUGACGCAUUCUCAGACGCACUAAUCUCGGUUUUCUUAGUGCGUCUGACAUGGUUACGGUCAUUACAACCCAUGUCAACGGUUAUCUCCUUUUCUUUCGUGUUUUUAGAACCCCAAUGAGUGAGAGCUGAAACCAGAAAACUUAGCCAUGCUAUCAAAUGGACUAAUGCCCAAUCAAGAAAUGGCACCCGGUGCAUUAGUACUGGGAACUUAUUCAUUAAUGUCGCUUCGAAUACUGUCGGAAGGCGGUCGACCACAUUGGCGAGUUCGUGAAUCUUGUCGAAUAUAGGUGUUAGUCGAGGAAAAGCCGUUUCGGUUAUCGUCUCGGAUUUCAGGAUACAUUCAUCUGCUAUAUACAAGAGAAUUGAUAGCCAUUGGAUUUGGAAUCCAUAUUUAAAGGGAAGUGCACAAGUUGAUAAAGAUAUAAUUUUCUUUGACAGUGGUCCUAUUGGCGCCUUCAGCUCUUGCAUUCUUUUGCAGAUAAUUUGAGCUAUUGCUAAGAAUGAAGUUCCACAUGUUCGUAAUAGACGACACCUUGACAUUUUUUCCUCCAAAGUCCAAAGUUGAUGUUUAAAUGUUUUAUGCAAUCAAUAUAAUCAUCAACCUGUUCAUGAUAAUUGUAAGUGUAAAUUCAAGGUUCAUGAAAGUAAGUGAAUAAAUGCAGGCAAAAAAUGCAAAAAUAUAUUAUUAAUACUUGGAUUCUAUUGUAAAAUACCAACCUAGCUAGAUAGAAAAAGAAAUCAAAAUUCUUUUUUAUGAAUGGGAAUUAGAGUUUGCACUGCUUUUUCAUCCAAAUUUUAGUUUAUGACACAUUUUUGAAACCAUUUGCACCAAAACAAAAAAAAAACUACUCCAUCCGUUCCACAAUUACAUUCCCAGAUUGACCUUUUCAAUAAUUUGAAUCUAAAUAUCUCACAACAUAUACUUAUAACAUCUAUAAUAAAUUAAAAUUUAAAUCAUAUAUAGUGCAAUAAAAUAUAUGAAAUUGAUAUUGUGUGAUAAAGUAAUGUAAAUUUUGAAAAAUUAAUGGUCAAAAUUAUGAAAUUUGACUCAUAAAGUCAAAUUGGGAAUUUAAUUGCAGGACGGGGGUAGUAUUAAAAUUGGGAUGCAAACUCCAACUUCAAAGAAUAAAAUUGUGAACUAUAACAUUUUGGGGGUGCAACUACAUUGAUUUUAGAAAUGAGGUAAAAACUCAAAAUUGGAAGAAAAAUGGGAGUGCAAACACUAAUUCUUAGGAAGCAAGAGGAACGCUGUUGUCAUAUGAUGAAAAGAAAAAAAUGUGAGGGAGGAAUAUGCUUAAUACCUUUGGAAAUCCUUUUCUUCUAAAGGGGAUGAGAGAGUUGUGGUUUGUCCAUUUUAUACGCGCAAGUUGUAGAAAUGCAUACUAUUUCUAUCCAGAAAGAAUUGAAUGGUGAAACUUAGCAAGUCAAACCUAUACCUCUCUUUUAAAGAAUGGUAAUUAUGAAUUUUGAGUAUGAUCCCAAAAUUGUUGUUUCAGAUUGUGGAAUGGGACAUAAUGGGGGUGUUAGGUAGGGGUGUGCAUAAACCGGUCCAGACUGUAUUUUGGACCUGAACCGGACCGGAAUGGACCGGUCCGGGGUAUACAGGUCCGGUCUCCGGUCCAUUGAAAAUUGAGAUUCCGGGUUCCGGUCCGGUCCGAGUCAAACCCGAAAAAAAGCAGGUCCGGACCGAUAACCCGGUUAUUACUAUUAUUUUAUCCAUAUUAGUGUAACAAUGUUAAUUGGGUUUGGGGCGGCGUAGCCCAAUAGGAAUAAUUGUAAAGUUGUACACUUGUACCGGUUGGACUUUUCAUAUUUCUGAGGUGGAGAACCUAAUAUACUCGCAUCCUCUUACCGUCGUACCUCUUUCAAGUUUCAAAGGUUCUGUUGCAGCUCGGCCAUAUCCAAUUCUUCUCAAGCUUAUACUAUUCUACUACUAUGAAUCCGUGAGCCUGUGAGACCUCUCCCUGCUUUUUAUUUUUUUUGGACGAACCUGUAAAUAUAUAUCAUCCGAAAAAUAACAUGUACACAUGCGUCCAAAACUAUAAGGCAACCUACCAACAAGGUUGAUCACCAUCUAAUCAGGCAAGACACACCCAAUAAAGGGUCGGUCCAAAAAACAACCAAGACAAAAAAGCCAUAAGAGGGUGUUGCAAGAUGCACACACCAAAAGUUCAAAAGAACAUACACUAACUGUGGCUAAAGAAAUAAAAAAGUGAUCAAAUCAUAAGGGUAGAUGUUGUAGAGGAUCUUGUAAACCACGUGCUUGAUCUUUGCUACCACAUCGUCUUCAGUCUUCGUAAUAUCAUCAAAGCGAUAGGCAUUCCUAGUAUGCCAAACCCAAUAAAUCGUCGCACAAAAAGCCAAGCGAACUGCUUUUGAUUUGAUGAGUGCACCUUCAUGGUCUUUCCUAAUCCACUUGAUUGCUUUCUCCAAGGUGGUCAUCUGUUUUGUAAUCCCAAUCCAGUCCCUUAUCUUCGUCCAAAUACUGCACACAAAAGAACAAACAAAGAAAAGGUGUGGUGUAGUUUCUAAACUACCCUUACAAAGGUCACACCAGUUAACCAUAUUAAGAUAGGAAAGAUUAUCUUGAGUUGGUAACCGAUUCCGGAAAGCAAGCCAAACGUUGAAAGAGAAUUUAGGGGGAAUGUACCCCUUCCAAAUAAAAGGCAUCCAAGGUCUAGCCGUCCCCUUAGUGCGUAGUAAAUCAUAAACCUUUGCCGAGAUGAGUUUGUCGUUGUUACACAUAUUGUUCAAAGUCAUAACAGCCUCGUUGGUGUUGUGGAAUUUCUGGGAGAUCCUAUUACGAAUAAGGCAAAGCUUCUUCAUAAGCUGGGAGUCCCGGUUGUGUGGGGAAAAAUCCCACACACUUUUUCCUUUAAGAUAAACGCCAUUAACCCAUCGGACCCAAAGGGUGUCUUCUUUUUUGUGAAUAUUCCAAAGAGUACGCGCAAGAAGAGCCUCAUUCCAGACUUUAGCACAAUGAAUUCCAAGGCCACCCUCAUUCUUUGGGAGGCAAAUGUCAUCCCAUGACACUUUUGCAUACUUACCACCCCAAACAAAAAUCCUACAAAUAGACACGAUCCUGUCCAAAAUAGCUUGGGGAACCGGGAAAACCUGAAGCCAAAAAGAUUGUAAGCCUUGUACAACCGAUCGAAUGAGUUCGAGCUUACAGGCAUAAGAUAUAGAUUUUGCAUUCCAAGCGUUCAAGAAGUCCAUUAUAGUAUCCAAUAGUGGAGAGUAUUGGGCAACAGAAACCCGAAGAGGUGCAAACGGUAUACCCAAGUACUUGACGGGGAAGGUCCAUCGUCCAAAAUCAACCAAGUCGAGGAUAUUUGAAAUAUCAUAGUCUGAAACACCACCAAUAAAAAUGCUAGAUUUACCAUGGUUAAUUUUGAGGUCGGAAGUGUCCCCAAAUUCUUCAAGAGCUUUCACCAAGAUAUUGAUAGAAUGAACAUCGCCCCUUGAGAAUAGCAUAAGAUAGUCGACAUAUGUCAAAUGUGUAAUAGACAGAGAGGAACAAAGGGGUGGUAAUUAAACCCCGAAACCUUCGUUUUCAUCUUCACCAAGCAUGAAAAAUAUUCAAGACAAAGGACAAAUAAAAGGGGGGCAUCGGAUCCUCUUGUCGGAUACCCGAAGAGGGGAGAGUAUUGGGCAACAGAAACCCGAAGAGGGGCAAACGGUAUACCCAAGUACUUGACGGGGAAGGUCCCUCUUGCCGUUAAAGAAGUCCAUUAUUCAAGACAAUAGUGGAGAGUAUUGGGCAACAGAAACCCGAAGAGGGGCAAACGGUAUACCCAAGUACUUGACGGGGAAGGUCCCUCGUCCAAAAUCAACCAAGUCGAGGAUAUUUGAAAUAUCAUAGUCUGAAACACCACCAAUAAAAAUGCUAGAUUUACCAUGGUUAAUUUUGAGGCCGGAAGUGUCCCCAAAUUCUUCAAGAGCUUUCACCAAGAUAUUGAUAGAAUGAACAUCGCCCCUUGAGAAUAGCAUAAGAUAGUCGGCAUAUGUCAAAUGUGUAAUAGACAGAGAGGAACAAAGGGGGUGGUAAUUAAACCCCGAAACCUUCGUUUUCAUCUUCACCAAGCAUGAAAAAUAUUCAAGACAAAGGACAAAUAAAAGGGGGGCCGUAUUCCUUUUGACGAUGGCAUGAAAAUACUUGGAGCUCUUAUCCGCUUCCAAAAUAUGAGUGGGCUUUGCUUUUUGUUGAUAGAAGCUAGUUUCGACUUCUUUCAAUAAAAUGGAUCUCUUCUUAGCAAGCAUAAGAUCAUUAGUGACCUCCUCAUCCAAAGGGGAAGUUAAGGACAGUUUAAGGAGUCUUUUAUACUCCUCCUUAGCUUCCUUCGCCUUCCUAGAAAUAUGGCCGAAGUCUUAUUUGUUAAGCUAUUUGAGGGGCCCUUUAAGGAGCUUUAACUUCCUACACAAAGAAAAUUGUGCCGUGCCCCCAAUAUGUUGAUUCCAAAACUACGCCAAAAUGUUCGAAAAAUCAUGGUGUUUAAGCCACAUAUUAAAAAAUUGAAAAGGCUUAGCUCGCUUUGAAGACUCUUGGAGCAUGGUCACAACGGCGGCCGUAUGAUCAAAUUCCGCAUCCAUCUCACAAAAGUGAGCCUUGCAAUCAACAUUCUUUUGAGCCCAAAACGAAUUUAGAAGGACCCUGUCAAGCUUUGCCCAUAGCGUUCCUUUGUUCCAUGUAAAAAACUCCCCGGUAGAGGGUGCAUCACAAACACCGACGUAAGCUUUAAAGUCAAUAACAUACUUCAUGAAAUAAGCAUUAGGGGGGGUGAACCCACCCUUUCUGUGGGAGAGGAAACACAAUUAAAAUCGCCAAUCACCAUCCAAGGAUCGGUGAUAAGACUCCCAACCUGUGCAAGAUGCUCAAAAAGCCCCCUACGCUCAACAAUAUGUAAAGAGCAUAAUCGAAAGUGAUAAAGGACAGGGAUUGGGUGGUUUUACAGAUACACUUACAGUGGAUAUGUUGUUUCACCACCUCAAUAACCACACAAUCAAUAAAAUUCGGGUUCCAAAUGAUCCCCAUCCGACCACCGGUGAUAUGGUCAAAGUUUGUAAUAGACAACCACUCGGGCCAUCUAUUAUUUACCAUGUUCCCAAAACUGAUGGUGGACAUCUUUGUCUCAAGUAAACAAGCAAUCGAAAUAUUAUUAGUAUGCAUAAUAUUAAAUACGGAAUUUUGUUUUGAGAUCUUACCGAGCCCUCUCACAUUCCAAGUAAGCACACACAUAAAUCAAGUGAGAUGAAGGUCUCGGAGGUGUUGCCUGUGUCAUUAGGCGCCUUCUUCUUCUUCAACACUUCACCAAUUGGCUCUUUUUCCUUCCUAGCGAGGAACUUCAAGUUGUGCCUAGCAUUUAUAUAAAAAAAAACUAGCAAUUUAGGAAUAAAAAUCAGUUUAUUAAUGGCAUACCAUUGUUUUGAGCGCACACCACCGGGGAGAGAGACAUGACAAGGAUCCACAAAGUUAAUUCCCGGGACAUCCGAAUCUGAUUCUUUCCGAAAAUCCAUUCCAAUUCGAACAACCUUUAGGUAGCUUUUUAGUUGAUGCUUUUUCUUGACGUAUGCCACAAAGUUAAUUCCCGGGACAUCCGGAUCCGGUUCUUUCCGGAAAUCAUUCCAAUUCGAACAACCUUUAGGUAGCUUUCUAGUUGAUGCUUUUUCUUGACGUAUGCCACCUGUACGCCCUCCUCACCGGGUUCAAAAUUAGUGACAAUAUCAUCCGGCUCCAUUUCAUGGACGCUAAGGAGUCUUCUUCCUUCCCAUUCCUACUCACUUUCUGUGUUAUAUUUUUGAACCGGGAACUUCUUCUUGUGGUCAAUCAGUUUUCCAUUAUUCUUUUGGAGCAAAGGAAAAACCGGCAUAAUUAUGUCUUUUUCCCCAGCCACCACUUCCAGAUUCGCACUCCCUUUCUUCUUCGUAAGCAUAUGCCGAGGUGGAGGGAGGUUAUGAGAGACAGGUUCGUCAUCACUUGAGCCCUCCUUUUCUUUAUUAGAAAUAUGCCCACCACUAGUAGCAUUGGCAUUGUUUUUGCCAUGUUGGGUAUUAUCCACUUCUUUUCCUUUAGGGUUUGGCUUGCGGUUCCUCUUACGUUUCACCACUUGGAACUCCUCUUCCAUGGUUCUGGGCUCCAUACCAUCCUUUUUUUCUUAAUCUCCAGUGCCUUAUCAAUGGCCUUUGUCUCAACAACAUUAAGCUUAGGACAAGUGAAAGCAUGAUGGCCAUAAGUAGUGCAAUUGUAGCAAUAAUCGGGAAAGGUCUUAUAAAAACAUGUUGUUUAUGCAUUCUCCCAUUCGGCAUACGAAUCAUGAACUCAAGAAUAGGUUCUUUUGUAGCAUCAACUUCAAUCAAAACACGAGCAAAUUGGUCUCUCUCGCCUUGUUGGUUAAUUUUAUCCGUGGUGAUUGGAAUACCCACUUUUGAAGCUACUUCACUAAUAGCUUCUUCAUUCCAAAGGCCCAAAAAAAGAUUAACUAGUUCUGGAAAAACAGCAAAGGAAGAAGAAGGUGAACAGUAAACACGAACCUAAGAACUGCUCCACCCGUCAGCUGGGUAUAGUGACCUCUGUUGGUGCCUUUGCCUCGAAGCCAUAACAAAGGGCAAAGGGUGUUUCGCCCGUCGCCCUCCUCGGCGUAGUACGGUAGCACCACGGAAUGUUGGGGAGCUCAUCGGCCCAGCUGCCUCCUGCGUCCUCGAGCUUCUUCUUCAGGCCCUCCAGAAUGGUUCUGUUGGCGUUCUCAACUUGCCCGUUACGUUGAGGAUAGGCAACGGAGGAGAAACGGUGCUUGAUUCCCCACUCCUGGAGGAGCUCUUGGAAGGGUGCGGCCUCAAACUGGGUGCCGUUGUCGGAUAUUAUCUCUUUGGGGACGCCGAAGCGGGUAAGGAUAUUCUUGUGGACGAACCUCUGGCAUCUGACUCCUGUAAUGCUGGCCAAAGGUGCCGCUUCGACCCAUUUUGUGAAGUAGUCCACGGCGACGAUGAUGUAGCGGUCGUUGCCAGCGGCUCUGGGCAAAGGGCCGACCAGGUCGAUUCCCCAUCUUGAGAAUGGGAUUGCAGUGCUGACCGGGGCGUAGUUGACGGCUGGCCGACCAGGGGCCUUCUGAAGCGCCUGACAUGCAGUACACUUCCUUGCAAGAUUGGCACAAUCCCGCGCCAUCAUCGGCCAGAAAUAGCCCUGGACGAAGAGACGCCGGGACAUGCUGAAAGGGCCCUGAUAUGAGGAGCAGACGCCGCAGUGGACUUCCUCCAUGGCCACUUCAGCCUCAUCUGGGUGCAAGCAUCGGAGGAGAGUGUCGUUGUAAGAUCUUUUGUAAAGUUUCCCAUCCUCGAUGGUGUAGCUUGGGGCCCUGAGUUUGGUUAGCUUGGCUCUUUCCUCGUUCCCAAUCCGUCCCCCAGCCGGCACGUGAAGGUUGUGAUGUCGGUGAUCCAGUCCUCCGGCCGAUGUUGGAUGCACAUGACCGGGCUGGCAUGGAUGCUGGACAUGCUCAGCUCCUCGACCUUGGCUAUUUUGGAGAUGUGCUCUGGAGUGUCUGUGCUGAGCUUGGAGAGGAUGUCAGCCUCAACAUUCUCCGCCCUUCGGAUCUGGGUGAUCUCAUGGGUUUCAAAUUCCUUGAGCAGCUCCUCGGCCGCCUGCUUGUACUGUCUCAUCCUCCCCUCCUUGGCCUCGUAUGAGCCCUCGAUCUGGCCCACGACUAAAUUGGAAUCACACUUGAUUUUGAUGUGUCGUGCUUUGAGGCCGGCGGCGAGUCUAAGGCCGCUGAGGAGGGCCUCAUAUUCGGUUUCGUUGUUGGAUACCCUGAUGUUGAAGCGGAUGGCAUAAUAGGCUUUGAAUCCUUCAGGGGAGAUGAGGACGACGCUGCCCCCACAUGCUUUGGCGGCCGAUGAACCGUCAGUGAAGAGAGUCCAUGCUUCGUCUGGCUCUGACCCGGGUGUGGUAGCGGCCGUCUCCCUGGCUGUGCACUCGGUGACGAAAUCAGCCAAGGCCUGUCCCUUGAUGGAUGACCUCGACUUAAUUUUGAUCUGGAAUUGGCUGAGGAAGAUCGCCCAUUUCACCAUUCAUGAGGAACUGGUGGGGCUCUGCAUGAGUGCGCCGAGGGGUUGCUGAGUUAAGACGUGGACGACAUGGGUCUGGAAGUAGUGCCCUAGCUUUUUCACUGUAUGGAUGAUGGCCAGUACCGUCUUCUCAAUGGGGGAGUACCUGAGUUCGGCCUCCCGUAACGUCUUGCUUACGUAGAAAAUUGUCUUCUGUACCCCUUCAUCCUUGCGGAUGAGCACAGAGCUGAUGGACGACGUGCUCACCCCCAAGUACAAAAAGAGGGUUUCACCGGCUUUGGGUUUAGAAAGCACAGGGGGACGUACAAAUUGAAGACGACAACAGACCGGCUAGUAGAGUGACGACACUAGAGUCAUUGUGUGCUUAAAAAAAAUUCAAUACUUGCACUAAUACGUAGUAUAGUGUCGUAUCCACGGGGAAAGGAAUAUAGUAUCAUUCUUUCAAUUAAUUUAACACUAAGAUGAACGACUUAUGUGGUUUUAUAAAAUAGAGAUUGAGACUUGGUUUCGCUUUUUUCUACUUAAUGAAAUUUUCAUCGAUCCCGAUUAUAUCUUUAACUAUCUUCCUCUCGAAUACUCAAUCAUGGAGUAUCUCCAAUUCAUCAAGGGUAGUUAUUAAUAACGAAACGUGUUCCUCAAUAAAACUUACUAUCAAGUGAAUAUAGAACAUGUGCCAUAUAUUGACCCGAUAGUAGCAAUAAAACGUAAGAUGAAAUCGAUUGAGAUUGAUAACCUCAACACAAGUGGUUUGUUGGUUUAAUCAAUACUACCUCCGUCCCUUAAAACUUUGCCAAAGUUGACCGGCACGGAGAAUAAUAAAGUAAAAACUGUGUGGUUGAGAUUUGUGCAGAGGAGAGAGAAAAAACAGAAACCACAAAAUAAUUGAUUAAAAGGGAAAGUGACAAAGUUUUUUGGGACGUCCCAAAAAGGAAAAAUGACAAAGCUGUAAGGGACGGAGGGAGUAUAAUUAAUUCACCUUUGAUUAUUAACCAUGAGACACAUGUAUUAAUAAUCCAAGUUUACUACCAUGAAAGGAGCGAACGAUUAACAAGCGUAUUCGUCGAUCGAUUCUAGUAAUAAUUAAUAUAUGAAACAAAACUAGUUGAUCCUUUAAGUAAUGCUCAAAUAUUAAUAUGGAAUAUGAAUACGAAUGUAAUUAAUAUUCAAGGAAGAUGAUUAAAGAAAAUAACUCACAACUUACAAAUCAAUAAGCUUUAAUGUAGCAAAAUCAAGAUGGAAGGGUUUAGCUCCUCAUUUGAAGACUAAACAUACUAGAAAUUAUAAAGAAAAUACUUAACUAAGCUGAGCUUAAGAGUAUAUGUGAAUUGAUGAUUUUAUUGGGAAGGAAAAUGGGUGUAUUUAUAGGUGUUUAGAAGUGGCAUGGCUUGGUACCCGACCGGGUAUAUAGAAUACCCGAUCGGGUAUUUGAGGUAGUUUCCCGGAAAGUCACUUUUCCGAACAUACCCGAUCGGGUAUGAGCCAUACACCCGAAUCAACUCAAUACCCGAUCGUGUAUUGCCUAGAACCAAACGGGUAUAUGAAAAAUUUUCCUAAUCUUAUUUUUGUCUUGUCCCUUUGCACUUUUCUUGAUCUUUUAGAGUCCAAUCUUGAUCGUUUGAAUGAUCUUGACGCCUUUUAAGCUCAAAAUAAACAUAAUCUAAACAAAUUACAUCCAUCUAGGAAAAUAAAUUAAUUACACCAAAAAUGUGUAAUUUCCGCGAUAACCAACAAUGAAACUAAUUAACAGUGCAAUAUAAUACAUAAUAAAAAUACAAUAAUAUGAACUCCUCCAUGCUUAGUUUCUUUACUCAUCCUCCAGUAAAGUCACUGUAUCUCCAACAGUUUAAACAAACAUGAACAAGCAAAAGACAACCAAGUAAUGUUUAUAGAAUGUGUUUUACAAAGUGAAAUAUUUUCACUUAUGCACUACACACUUCAUGAUCUUGGGUUUACUUGUCUUCUAUGUUUCUCAUGGUCCUCUUGUUCAUUGUAUCGCCAAAUCCAUCUUAAAACAAUUUCUGCCAUUUCUCUCAUUUUGCUUAGAAGUCUUUUCAUUUUUUUCCUAGCCUCUCAUUUCUUUUUUUUUUUGCUUAGACUCACUCAUCAUUUUUUUGCCAAUAUUGCUUAGGUUUCCCAUUCGAGUUUUCAACCUAACUGAUAUUUCUUCUUUUUAUUAAUUCUUUCUUUUUUUGUUUUUAUAUAAUUUUUGUUUUUUGGUUUUUUUAAAAAGAAAUGUAGAAUAAAUACCGUAUAUACAAUGAAGAGUCUUCUCCUCCUUGCUAAACCGAGCAUUGUCCCUAGUGCUCGCCAUUCCCAUUGCUUGGAGUUUUGUUUUGAAAUUCUAGAGGUGGGGUGAGAUGUUUCAAGAAUUUUGAGAGGAUUUGAGAUUGGAGGGAAGUGAAAAGAUGAAAGUCUUGGGAUUUUUUGGAUUAAUUUGGUUCAAAAGGUAGGGUGAAUUUGAAGAAGAAAAGCUGUGUAGCUUUGGUGGUUUUGGGGGUUUUAGAGCUUGGGGUGUGAAGAAAAAGAAGAAUAGGGUGCCUUUUCUCACCACUUAAAAAAAUCAAAGAAAAAUAUGAAACUACUCACAUGUCAUGGGUUACCUCCCAAGCAGUGUCGUAUUUAUUGUCGUGGCUCGACUCAUCAUCUCAAUUUCAGUCUUUCAUGUUCGGGGCGUGAUGACCCAUCUUCUUCACACUUCUAGCUCGGUGACGAUUAUAGAAGGGCUCAAUUCGCCGACCACCCACUUUGACAAUCUUUUCAUGAUCAAAUAUCCGGAUUUGCAUUGCUUUAUGUUGUGAGAGUGAGGGAAAAAAUUGUAGAAAUUUGCUGCACAUUGUGAAUGAAAAGAAAUCCGAAUGAUACUCUCCCGGUUUAUUUCCAGCCGCCACAAGUACAUUUGAAUUACCCUCACAUUUGCUGAAAAUUUCACAUAUUUUAUUGUACUAUUCAAUAUUUUGAGUUUCCCUCAAAGCUUCAAGAAAUGGUGGGGAUACCCUUCUUCUUCAUCUUCUUCUGGAUUUUGGGUCACCUUUUGCAAUUCCUUCUCAUUCGUCAAUGUGAUUUCAAAAGCUUGCUGUUUAGAAUCAUGAUCUAUUUGAGAGAAAAUUAUUCCAACAUAUUUUGCUUUCAAUCGACUCACAACACAUGGUAUUUGAUUCAUUUGAUUCUCCAAAUUUUGUUCGCUUGACCUUUUUUCUUAUUUGUCAAGUUGACAGUGAGAGCCCGGACCAUGUUUCAGUGGACAUGCUAGAAUGAGAACUCAAGCAUGUACGGUCUCUCCUUAAUGGCUCAUGGUGCACAGUCCACCACAAGCGUCGUCGCCCCAGAGACCAACGCAUCCUGCAGAAUUCGAAGGUCAGCAACCACUCCUUCGUUAGGUACAACUGUUUUAACCCUUUAGAUUUGGAAGAAAACUCAAAUUUUAAUCAAGAACGGAGAGAUCCCUAUUGCACAAACCUCAGGGCAGAUAGAUAUCGCCGACCCAAAUGAGAAAAAAAGCGACGGGUAGGCAUGACCAUCAUCGUAGAACCAAAAAUCGACCCCAAUUUAUGACCGGCGAUUUUGAGUUGCGAAGCACAGCAGGCCCAUCGCCAGACAGCUUGGCUGAGACACCAGCUGACACGAACGUUGUGGUUACUCUGGCAACCAACGGACAGCUUCAGUCUGGAGGCACAUGGGCUGACCUCCUGCGCGUUGACAAAAACAAAAUGAGCUCUGGAUCUCUUCUCAGCAACAAGGACCGAGCUGCUAUUUCAGCCACAGGUUCAAAGGCCCUGCCUGGUGAGACCUGUACAAAUAAUCUCAAGAACCAUUAUUCAAAUUCCGCUUCUAGGAUAAUACAGAUGGAGACAGCUUUAACCACUAACUUAGAUAGUGAAAAUUUUUCAUUCUUCGUAGAGGAAGGUUUUGAUUCGGUCAAAAUUGAAUCAAAAUUAUUCAAAUUUGCGGUUAGAAAAAAGGAGAUGUAGUCCUUUUUGAAAUAAAAAAAUCUGUGAUGCACAAGAUUCAUUUCAAAAUUGAUCUUGCUUCUCAAAACAUCCGGUUCAUCUCCCAGUUCAAACACUCUAAGUCCAACCUUACACAGAUAAGGCGAUUUGGAGAUAUCAAGAUUUCUUUGGAUAUUACGUGAAAAUGGCUAAAGACAGGGGCACCUCCAUUCAUAUUCCUGUGGGACCGUAAAAAUACGACAUGUUUAAAUUCCUCAUAAUUUUUUCUAAUUUUGUAGGGUUACUAUAGAGAUCGAGGAUCCUAUAUCAAUCUCUAAACUGAUUCUCAACUCUUAAGUCCAGUCAGUAAGUCCCGACAAACAACAAGUCUACUAUCCAGGGAUACCACUCGAGUUGACACUGACCCAAGCCUACUCAGACGCGUCAGACAGCUUCUAUCAUAGUGAUGACUCUUUCUUCUCAAAUGACUUUUUAGGUCAUGCAACCGAAAGUGAUUGUCGUCCUCCUAUUUCAAACCAGAAAGAAAUAAGGAUCUCCAAAUUCAACAAAGCAAUUUGUUACAAAUCUGAGCUCAUUACCACGAAAAAUUGCAUACCAACGGACAAUUUAAACACACAACUCAAAAUUUACAGGAAAUCUCAGAAAAAUAAAAGGCGCCACAACAUGAGGACUAGGCCUCAGUCUACAGAUUUCUCUUGGGUUUAGCUUGUUUUUUCUUCUUCUUUUAUUUUUCUUUUAUUGUACUGCAUUUUUUUUCUAUUUCAUCUCUUGCAUUGUAUUGCUUACUAUUUUACUUUUAUUAAUAAAAUACAUUUUCUGUUCAAAA